AAACAACAAUUCUUCCUUCUGAUAUACACGACUCUUUUCGUUGUUUCGCGCUUUCUCUGUUCUCAAUUCCUUUGUUCUCGCCAAUUGACAUCCUUUCUCCUUUAAUUAUCGAGCCAAUUGGCAAUUAAAUCAUAUAGAAGGGCACAGAACAAACCAUGGCAUCUCGGCUAUCGGUCCGAAGCUUGACACAUGUUGGGCGAGCUGUGUCCAGUCUUCCCCGCGUCACCUGUCUCUCUACCCCCACUCGAGCAUCACAAUUCUUCUCUGUGAGCAGUGCGCGAGUCUUACAGUACGCUCGUCUUCAGUCCAUCUCGAACCCGAGGAAUUUCGCUUCGUCCGCAAGAAUGGCUGCCAACACUCGAAUUGAAACUGACGCUUUUGGCGAGAUUGAGGUCGCCGAUGACAAGUACUGGGGUGCUCAGACCCAGCGUUCGUUGGGCAACUUCAAGAUCAACCAGCCUCAGGACCGUAUGCCGCCCCCAGUCGUCAAGGCUUUCGGUAUUCUCAAGGGUGCCGCUGCUACUGUCAACAUGAAAUACGGACUUGACCCAAAGAUUGGAGAGGCUAUUCAGCAAGCUGCUGCUGAGGUUGCCGCUGGCAAGCUCAUUGACCACUUCCCUCUCGUUGUCUGGCAAACCGGUUCCGGUACCCAAUCCAACAUGAACGCCAACGAGGUCAUCUCGAACCGCGCUAUCGAAAUUCUUGGAGGACAAAAGGGUAGCAAGAAGCCCGUUCAUCCUAAUGACCAUGUCAACAUGUCCGCUUCUUCCAACGAUUCCUUCCCCACUGUUAUGCACAUUGCCGCCGUCCUCGAAAUCGAAGGCACUUUGCUUCCCUCAUUGAAGAGCCUGCGCAAUGCCCUCCAGGCCAAGGUUGAAGCUUUUAACCAUAUUAUCAAGAUUGGCCGUACUCAUUUGCAGGAUGCUACACCACUCACUCUCGGCCAGGAAUUUUCUGGUUACGUUGCCCAGCUCGACAGCAAUAUCAAGCGUAUCGAGAACACUCUCCCUGACCUCCGUCUCCUCGCCCAGGGUGGUACCGCUGUUGGUACUGGCCUGAACACAUUCAAGGGCUUUGACGAGGAAGUGGCUGCCGAAAUCUCCAAGCUUGCAGGAACCGAGUUCAAGACUGCUCCCAACAAGUUUGAGGUUUUGGCUGCCCACGACGCCAUCACCGAGGCCUCAGGAUCCUUGAAUACUCUUGCCACGUCUUUAUUCAAGAUUGCUCAGGAUAUCCGAUACCUCGGAUCUGGUCCUCGUUGCGGUCUCGGAGAGCUCCGUCUCCCUGAGAACGAACCCGGUUCGUCCAUCAUGCCUGGAAAGGUUAAUCCUACCCAGUGUGAAUCUUUGACCAUGGUUUGCGCUCAAGUCAUGGGCAACCACGUUGCUACCACCAUUUCCGGCAUGAACGGUCAAUUCGAACUCAAUGUGUUCAAGCCUGUCAUGAUUCGUAACCUCCUCCACAGCGUCCGCAUCUUGGCUGAUGGCAUGGCAAGCUUCGAGAAGAACCUUGUUCACGGAUUGGAAGCUGAUGAAAAGCGCAUUGACUCUCUUCUCCACGAAAGUUUGAUGCUUGUCACCUGCUUGAACCCCGUCAUUGGAUACGACAUGGCCUCCAAGGUUGCUAAGAAUGCACACAAGAAGGGCAUCACCUUGAAGGCUAGUGCAAUGGAGCUCAAGGCUCUCAGCGAGGAGGACUUUGACAAGUAUGUCCGUCCCGAGCUGAUGAUUAGCCCCAAGGAGAAGAAAUAGGUGCAGCAGUAUAUAUAAGUAUCUACUAGAGGUAGCUGAGCAUUACAAUGUAUUUUUACGUCACAAUA